AAUUGUUUGCGUUUUGUGUAUUUUUCUUAAUAAUAAAAUGGUUGGAUCCAAUUUUGGCAUAAUCUACGGACUUACGGGCCCUUCAAACCAAGGUGCACCUGGGCAGGGAGGAGCAGGCAUGUCUGCUGGUGGAGGAGCCGCAGAACGCGACCGCCUCUCAACCGCAGCCCAUCUGAGCGACUUUAUGUUGCAGCUGGAAGACUACACUCCGUUGAUUCCCGAUGCCGUGGCAGCGCACUACCUGAAUUCAAGUGGAUUCCACGCGGACGACAAACGCAUUGUACGUCUCAUUAGCAUUGCAGCCCAGAAAUACAUGUCGGAGAUUGUGGACGAUGCUCUGCAGAACUCCAAAGCGCGUACGCACAUGCAAACCACCAACACCCCUGGUGGAUCCAAGGCCAAGGAUCGCAAAUUUACAUUGACCAUGGAAGAUCUGCAGCCAGCACUGGCCGACUACGGCAUCAAUGUGCGCAAAAUGGACUACAGCCAGUGAUAAAUUCACUCAAACUUUGUUUUAGUUUUAGUCAAAUGUCGAAGAACAGAUUCUUCUUUAAUUAAUAAUAUCCACACGCUAACAUCUAAUUUGUUAAUACUAAAA